AUGGGGGUGAGGGCUAGUUCAGAGGCUGUGACGGUGACCCCGACCAUAGAUGGUGGCGUUGACGGCGGCGCAGAUGGCGGCGGGGACCACUGUGGCAUCACCCGCGUUGGACUUUGUGACACCAGGGCCGGGAAGUCCCAGAAGUGGGAUGAGUCGAACUUCCUGGCGACCUACCGCCCAGCGUACAGAAACUGCGAUUUCAUGAAGAUGAAUGAGCCCGGUGCUCGCCAGCUCGGUCUGGAGGAGGACGGGAGAGGUGCAAAGAGUGAUUUCGAAACUAAAGAAGCCAUGACCCUCGACAGCUUAGCUAAUAAAUUAGCCACCACUGAUACCUCGGAGCUCAACUAUCCAGUGCGGGAGCCGAAGAAGGAUGGGGCACACACCAGCAAAAUCUUCCUGGACAAACCAGAGAAACAGCGUCAGUUCGAAAUGAAAAGGAAGCUUCACUGCAACCAAGGACUGAACAUCAAAUUGGCCAGACAGCUGAUUUCCAAAGAUCUACAACGUGAGGAGGUUGAGGACGAAAACAAAGAAAGUUGGCGUGCCACCAGCCAAGACAAGACUACCACCAUGAAAGAAUCAGAGGACAGCCCCACCAGCGAAGAGGAACUGCAGACCCAGUCAUUCAACGACGAGAAGACAACGUUUGAUCAACGCUGCAGUUGUUUGUCAGAUCCAAACCCUGUUACUAUAACCUGCGGCUUCUUGUUCUGUAGAGCUCAUGCUUCAAGUACUGAAAUACUUAUCAGUUAA